GUCAUGAAGGGGCAACAAGUUUAACAAAAACAGCAAAACAAUCAGUUCGCCCAAGAAGGUUACCUUUAAACAUUGGAGCAAGCCAUGGUGAGCUUCUAAAUCAUUCCUCUUUUUUAUAAAAAUUAAUCUUGUGGUAACUUUGCAGACUUAUUUAUUUAUAAACCAUAACAUGUCAGUUCAGUUCUUAAACAUCAAUCACUUAAAAGAAAAUUCAUUUUUGUUUCAUGCUGAAAAAAAUAUUUUAAAACACACAGUUAUACAAAUAUUUCAUUGAAGUACUUUUGUGUCAAUUUGUUGACUUUUUUAAAAUAAAAAUAUAAUUUGCUUUAUUUUAUACAGUUAACUUUAAAUGCCCAGACAAAGCAUUUUAAAGAAUUAAAAAAUUUUUUUUGUUGGAAUCCAUGUAAAAAAUAAAAAUCAUAACAAAUAAUUUUUAAACAAACCAAGCCUUGCUCUAUGGUGAUUGUUGGGCCAUUCCAUUGUUGACUUUUAAAUGAUUAUUGUGGAGGCAGAGUUGUUUUUAUACUCAUAUCGACGGAACAUGGCCACUUUCCUCAGAGGGAAGGUAUUUGCUGCAUUGGGGGCUGAGCACCCUGGGUUCUUUUCUGGAGCUGGACAGUAUAUGUGCGCGCGCGCACCCCCCCCCCUACCCCCUUGUAAUCUCAUUAAGCAAGUUUUGAUAUAUCAUCUUAUAUUUGUCAUAUUAAAACCACAAGAGAUGUUAUGUAGAUCCAACUUCUCAUUGCAGUCAAAGGGAACUUGAGAGGCUGUCAUAUUGUACAACAUCUUCUCCAGACUUGCGGGGCAAGCUGUGAUAGCAUUGAGGGGCCAGAGGAAAACCAGUGUUGCCAUGGGCUGACAAGCCUGUUGAACACAGCAUCCACCUCCUUGAUACUCAACAACCUGUCGUACCUCAGAGAGAAAGAAUCUGGUUUGCUUUCGCCAGCUCAAAUUAAAAGGUUUUCCUUUCUUUCUAAACACUAACACUCAAAAUGGGGAAGAUUUGAAUUUUCUUAUACAGUCAAAAGAGAAUUUAAAGGUUAAACAAAUUUUAUGAAAAUCAGUUUUUAGUUGAAAGUUAAGAUUCUAUUUCCAUGUCAGACAUUUACUGAAAUUUUCAUUUCUUAACAGUAAAUUUUUGUGAUUAAUGUACAUGGUUCCCCAUAGAUACUUUAAUAUAUUAAUUAAUGAAGAUAUGUGAAAAAUUGUCAGCCUUUAUUGAUGAAGAGUGCAAGGAAACACUUUUAUGUAUAGUCAUUUGUGAAUCUGCAGUAAACAUAUUAAAAGAAAGACCUAUUCACAAUUUAAUUUUAUCCUUUUUAUUUAGCACCCAGCUUUUUUGUUCUUGUGCUCACAACAAAAUUUGGCAAUUAGUGAAUAAGUGUUAAAGAGGUCUACAUUUCUAAAUAAUUAUAAUUCUGUUGUAGCAUGUUUUUUAAGAACAAAAAAUAUUUGUUUCAAUUCCAUUUUUUUUACACAUUAAAGAUAUGUAUUUCUGAGACUAUUUUAUUCACUUUUGUCUUUUGAGACAGGUCAAUAUUUAUAUUUAUGACCAUUGUUUGUUUUAGGAGAGGACAGAAAACACCAGAUUUGAAUAAAGGUUUGGUACAGAUUGUCAACAAAGAACAUUUUCUGAUGGCCAUUGAAGGCUUAUCAUUAUUGCUGGAAGAGGAAAGUAAUUGUUUUGAAAAGACAAAUGAAGGUA